AUGGAGGUGAGGGAGGCGUUCGAGAUCCAGCAGACAGCAAGUUACAUCGUGACACGUGGCUUCUCGCGCGUGUGCCUUCAGUUCCCCGACUCGCUCCUCCCGCACGCCGUCUCCGUCCACGACGCGUUAAGAGCCGAAUGCGCCGCGCUUAUCAACAGCCAGCAUCACGCAGCUUGUAGUGGGGAAAAUGAGACCAAAACGCUACCUGAGACUUCCCCUGAAACCACUCCUGAAAUUUCUGUUGAAGCACUUCAAGAUCAAGACUCCUUGAGAUCGAGCGACCCGCCCGGGAGAAAACUGCACGGGUCUGGGUUUCCGGGUUUUACGGAGGGUCAAGGAGAGAAGCAGGCGGGAGAUGCGGCGGAUCCUCCGCGUCGGGACGUGCCGCAUUUCUAUGUGCUGGCUGACGCGGCGACCGCCACGUGCAGCAGCUGCUGCGUGGAUGAGGUGUCGCCGUGCCACGUCAGCGCUGAAUGUAUCAUCCACUACGGCCACGCGUGCAUGUCGCGCCGCCCGGCGCGGUUCCCUGUGCGGUACGUGCUGCCACGUCAGCCCAUCGACGUGGCGGCGUGUGCUGCGGCAAUAAAAGCACACUUCAAGAGCAGCACCGGCGGCGGCAGCAGCAGCAGCACCACCACCACCAAUAGCAACACCCCCGCAAGUACCGGCGCCGAUAGCGGAGAUUCCCCCCCGCGCGCGCCCCCCCGCGUGGUGCUGGUGCUGUUCGCGCUCGAGUUCGCGCACGCCGCGGACGAAUUUGCGCUCGCUCUGGGGGAAAGCGGCGGAGCGGAAGCGGCGGAGGCAGAGAGGGAAGGGGCGGGGGAGGGGGAAGAAGUGCGGUACGUGGUGGCGCAGGUGCGCGAGCGGGAGGUGGAACCGGAGGAAGGGGGGAAGAGUGGCGGUGCUGACACGUGUCGCGCCUGUGCUGCCCCUGGCACUCUCUUCGAACACGGCGGCCUGCGGUGGGUGCUGCCGCCCAUGUCGAGCAUGGCUGCAGAAACUGCCAAAAGCAGCAACCCAAUUAACCAAUCGGGAGCAGAAGCACCAUCAGCUGCAACAGCACCGGCGACAGUGGGGGUGACAGCGGUGGUGUGGGUGGGCAGCAGUGACGAAUGCCCAUCUCUCAUCACUCUCGCCCUCGAGCACAACCAAACACCCAUUCUCAGACUCGACCCCACCCACCUAUCUCCUGCUGCUGCUGCUGCUACUAUUGACAGCCGCACCACCGCCUGCAGCAGUAACACCAGAACUCUCACCACCAGCACCACCAGCGAGAGCCCUUCUCCUUCCUCUACCCCUGAUUCCGCCCACACCGCCCCGCUCUUCCACCCGGUGGACCACUCCCGCCUGCUGCGCCGGCGCUACUUCCUCGUGGAGAAGACCAAAGACGCGUCAAUCAUCGGCAUUGUAGUUAUCUCCCAGUCUGCCGGCGCUGCUGCCACCUCCACCCGCGCUACCGUUGCUAGGCUUCGAUCCGCAGCGGUGGCUGCAGGGAAGAAGGCGUAUGUGAUUGCGAUCCGGAGGCGGAUUACGCCGGAAAAGCUCGCGAAUUUCCCCGAGUGUGACGUGCUGGUGCUCGUGGCGUGUGCGGAGGGCGUGCUGCUGGAGGGUAUGGUGGAGGGGGCAAGUGGCAGCAGCGGUGGCAGCAGGGCGUUUUACGCGCCGGUGGUGACGCCGUUUGAGGCGAUGAUGGCUCUGGAAGAGGGGCGGGAGUGGACGGGGGAGUAUCGGAUGCUGCUGGAUGGUGCUGGGGUGGGAGCGGUGAGGAAGGGAGAGGAAGGUGGGGAAGGUGGGGAGGAUGCGGCUCCUCGGUUCUCGUUCGUGAAAGGAUCACUGGUUUUCCCCGCCUCUCACAAAGUAACAUCGCCAGCAGCACCAUCAGCAGCAGCAGCAUCGGAUCAAUCUUUGACCGUCCGGCAGGACAUGGCUCUUUCUGCUUUGCCCGUUUCGACUGACUCCUUGGCCCUGGCUCGGGCGUCUGGCCAAUCAGGGUACGCCACGUCAGCGGCAGUGGAGGCGCGAUCAGGAUCGGAGUUCCUGGCUCUGCGGCGUGACUAUAAGGGGCUGGAGGUGCCCUGGUUCAUGGCUCCUGGUGGGACGCCCGGGGAAGCGGGAGGGGAUGCAAGAAGGAGAGGGCAUGAGGGCGGAAGGGAGGAUGGGGGAGCGGUGGGUGCUUUCAUGCCGAGAGUGGCUCCGGCUAUUGAUGCUGUGAGGGUGGUGGAGGGGAGGGAGGGCCGUGCUGCCGGGUAUGGGGAUGAGCCGCAGCAGGGAUAG